ACGAAAAAUGAGCCGCAAUUCAAAAGAGGGCAUCGUAUUAGCCAUGGAUUGCGCGAAGACUAUGCGAGACGAGUGCCGUCGGGGCGACAGAAGUGUGUUUGAAGUGUCGGCGCAAUGCCUGCGAAACAUAGUCCGCCAGAAGAUAUUCGCCGAAACCAAGAAUGAGUAUCUAUUGAUGCGCUUCUCGGCCUCCGAUGGCGUGCGAGUGGUCCCCCAAAAGGGUGGUCUCAUGUGUCCACCAAAUUUCCACCUCUUGAGGCAUCUUAUGAACGACUUGUCGGACGUGACGCGCGUUACAUCGGAUCCCAUCAGUGUGAUGGACGCGUUGGAUGAGGCCAUCAAACAGCUCGUGGAGUACACGCGGCUUAAGAAGUUGUCGGACAAGAAAAUCGCUUUGUUGACAAACUUUGGACACUUCGACGACAAGGAUAUGCAUCGCUUUGACACCGAUAUCGGCAAACGUUUGCGUCAAUUGGGGAUUAAACUCAUUAUUAUUUAA